GGAGGCUUGCAGGAGUUCUGCUUCCUUCCCAGGCUGCAGUGCCGCUACAGCCAGACCCUGUCCUUUCUGCGCCCUCUAUUCCGACGCAUGGAGCAGCCAGUAUGGUUUAAGCCUCGGAGUUUAACGUCUGAAACCCCUUGUUUGGAUAGUAAAGCUUGAAGGCAGAGGAGUAGAUGGUCCAUGCCUGGCUGGUUUCAGGGUUCUGCUGGUGGUUUGGAUGUAUAUCUGUUUUGGAUGCUAAAGUUUGGAGUUUGCAGUGUGGACAUCUGAUACCUGUUUGAAUGCUGAGUUUUAGAUAUUAUGGUGCAGGAAGAUGUUCACUGAGAACAGGUUCUUUCGGACAUUGAAUAUUCUCUAUUUUUAAUAGGAUCCUUUACAGAACAGGAUGGUACAGCUAGUGUUGUAGGAUAUGGGACUGAAGACACACAUGCCUUGUGGGCCACUGUAGCACCACAUUCCAUCUUUCUUAGGGAAAUGAUUCAAUGUAAACUGGAUUGCUACAAGAGCGUUGACUCAGGGAGUGUACCAGGUCAGGGCCAUUGGAACUGUUGUGACAGUUCCCAGUGAAUGCUGACAAAUUCCAUAAUGCUGAGCUGUUGCGUGGUAUAGUAAAGUCUGACAGGUGUAGCUAGGGUCUAGACGAUUUUCAUACUCUGGUGCGUGGAGUUCUGGAGUUGUGAUUUUACUGCCAUGCUCUGUGGUUUACGGAGGGAAGGUCGCAGUGAUGACGGCCCAUAUUCAAAAGGGAGCAAAGAUGCAACAGUGGGUGACAGCAAUGUGGCCUCUAAAAGAUGCAGCAUCGGUGAAGAGCACAGAGGGCUGACCACAGUGGAGCUAAUUAAGAGAGAGGGGUGUUGUCUUGGUCUUACCAUCUCUGGAGGCUCAGACAAAGACAGCAAGCCUAGAGUGUCAAACUUAAGACCAGGAGGCCUGGCAGCCAGGAGUGACCAGCUGAACGUGGGGGACUACAUCAAGUCGGUGAACGGCAUCAACCUUAGCAAGCUGCGUCACGAUGAGAUCCUCGGCAUGCUGAAGAGCAUCGGAGAGAGGGUGGUGCUGGAGGUGGAGUACGAGCUGCCCCCGUUCGCCCCUAGCAGUUCAAACACUGUAAUCUCGAAGACCAUUGAAGUGCGUCUGGAAAAAGAGGGUAACACUUUUGGCUUUGUUCUCCGAGGGGGAUUUCAUGAGGACUGGCAUAAGGCGCGACCUCUAGUGGUGACCUAUGUCAGACCCGGAGGCCCCGCAGACAGGGAGGGAACUCUACGUGCCGGGGAUAGGCUGCUGAGCGUGAAUGGAGUGGCUCUCAACCGGCAGAAACACGCCGAUGCGCUAACCCUCCUGAUGCAGAGCAGCCAGGAAUGUUGCUUCCUCAUCGAGUACGACAUCACUGUCAUGGACUCAGUGCAGCAGUCAUCAGGUCCUUUGCAGGUGGAGAUUUGCAGGACUGUAGGCUCUGUGCUGGGACUUAGCCUCACCACCUCCCUCUAUAGGAGCAAGCGAGUUAUUACAAUCCAGAAAAUCAAGGCUGCCAGUGUUGCAGACAGGUGUGGUGCUCUGCAUGUGGGUGAUAUCCUCUUGGCUAUAGAUGGCAUGAGCACAGAACACUGCUCUUUAAUGGAAGCCCAGCAGUUGCUAUCCAACUCCUCAGAGCACACCAAACUAGAGAUUCUGCCUUUUCAACACAGCGCACAUGACACUGUGCGUGUGCAGAGAAGUAACUCACGUCAGUUUGACUCCGGUGCGAACUACCUCAGUGGCCCUCCACCCACCCAGGGCAAAGGUCCACCCUCAGUCUGGAGCAACACCACCCCAACACACUCCCACUGCAGAUCUGUGGCAUCAGGAGGUUCCUCUCAGACAUCAGGCUUUCACUGUUCUCAGAACAGUGGCUCCGCGUAUCCUGCCACAUACCCCUGCAGCACGCUGCCUCCGUACCCUUCAAGUCCCCACAGCUCCACCGCCAAGAGGAGGCCGAGGACGAAGGAGCACAAAAGCACACUGUCUCUGUCCUCCAGCACAGUUGGUGUUGGGGGUCAGGUGGUUCAUGUUGAGACCAGUGAGCUUGUAUUGAGGGGCGACCCGCUCACUGGCUUCGGCCUGCAGCUGCAAGGAGGAGUGUUUGCAACAGAGCCACUGUCGGCACCUGCCUGCAUACGCGUCAUAGAGCCAGGCACACCUGCUGAAAGGUGUGGAUUGCUGCAGGUUGGUGACAGAAUUCUUUCCAUAAAUGGAAUUCCCACUGAGGAUGGAACACUGGAGGAGGCCAAUCAGCUUCUCAGAGAUGCUGCGCUUGCCAAUAAGGUCACGCUUGACGUAGAAUUUGACGUUGCAGAAUCGGUAGUCCCCAGCAGUGGUACAUUUCAUGUGAAGUUGCCAAAGAGGCGAGGGGUGGAGCUGGGCAUUACCAUCAGUGCAAGUAAGCAGCCAGGAACGCCUCUUCUCAUCUCUGAGAUCAAGCGUGGGAGCAUCGCUCACAGAACAGGUACACUGGAGCCUGGUGAUCGGUUGCUGGCCAUAGGUAGUGUAAAACUAGAGAAUUGUGGGAUAGAAGAGGCGAUGGCGGUUCUCCAGCAAGCUGAGGACAUGGUCAGACUGCGCAUUCAGAAAGACGAGGACAACUUGGAUGAACUGGAGUCAUCGGGUUCUGUGAUUUUUACCGUGGAGCUCAAGAGACAUGGAGGUCCUCUAGGAAUCACCAUCUCUGGCACGGAGGAACCUUUCAACCCCAUCCUUAUUUCUAGUCUGACUCGCAAUGGUCUUGCACACAGGACCAGAGCUCUUCACAUUGGUGACCGUGUCUUGGCCAUUAAUAAUGUGAGUCUGAAGGGAAAACCACUCAGUGAGGCCAUUCACCUGCUGCAGACUGCUGGAGACACUGUUACACUGAAGAUCAAAAAGAGCGCUGACCCUGUUUUUGAGUCAGACACAGGUAGCCCUCUGAGAACUGGGCCUUGCCUGAGUGAUGCUGAGGAUGACCGCUCAGAUUCCCUCAGGCGUUCUAAAUAUUCAGGUCUCCACUGUAUAUCCACGCCCCCUAGCCUGGACUCGGCCAUGGACACAUGGAAUAGCUCCGCCCUCGAUGGUGGCUAUGGGAGCCAGGGGAAAUACAACAAUAGGACAUCUGACCUGACCAUCCAUCCCAGUGAGUGGACACGAACCAAUCACAGAAGUCCACUGGCCUCUAGGAGAAACACCCACCAUACUGGGAGAUUAGGAGAGAAACACUGUGGAUCUAUUAGUUCCACACGUUGCCGUGGUGAUACUGACGCACAGGAGACCUAUUGGUCACAAGCCCUGCAGGACCUGGAGACAUGCGGCCAAUCAGAAAUUCUCAGAGAACUGGAGGCCACCAUAAUGUCCGGCAGCACCCUGAGUCUUGGGGAGGGGAGUGAUGGUUAUAAUGACAGUGGGCUCAAAUCUCCAGCCCAGGAAGCUAAGCUGUGCUGGGAGAACAGCACCUCACCAGAUCAGGAGUUGUCUGCUGCCAUGCCCUUAGAGCUCCACAAGAUUUGUCUGAUGAAGGAUCCUGACACCAGGGAUUUUGGUUUCAGUAUUUCUGAUGGUUUGCUGGAGAAGGGCGUCUAUGUAAACAUGAUCCGUUCAGGUGGUCCUGCAGACAAGGCUGGUUUGCGGCCAUAUGACCGCAUACUGCAGGUGAAUCAUGUUCGCACACGGGAUUUUGACUGCUGUCUGGCUGUGCCACUGAUGGCUGAAGCUGAGCACAAGCUCUGGCUGGUCAUCAGUAGGAACCCUCUGGUUCAGGCAACUUUGCGGCCCCCUAAUGACAGCCCAGAUCCCCCGGAUACACUGACUGCGCUUCCUGUAAACCGUGAAAAAAGGGAUGACCUUUGACCUCAAAUUGCAGGCAGAGAAAGUGCCACUGGGUACUGGGGGAAGGAUUCUCUUUCUCGCUUUUACACAAAUACACAAUUAGCAUGUUGCACAGGACUAAACCACUCCAAACACCACCAGUAAUUCUAGACACUAAAAAUAUGCUAGGAUUUCACAAACUAAUAAAAUCAUGUCACUUUUUUUAGCGUCACCAAAUAUACACUGCACAUUAGUUCUGAAUAACGUUUGGGUUUUCACAAGCCUCUGUAACUUCCCUCUCCCAUCCAAGACACUGGUGUCCUCACAGUGCCUGGCACUGUGUUUUACCCAACACUUUUAUCGGACUCUUUUUCACUCAUGGGUUCACAUCAGGCACUUUAUUUAUACAUCAUUUUACUCAAUGUUUAAGCUUCUCAUAAUUGCACAUUUGUUUCCAUUCACUUGUGGUGUUCUUGAGAAAUGUUUACCUCUGUUUAUAAGGUGUAUGAGGUGUGGAAGCACAGAGACUGAGGGAUGGAUACUGCAUGGGCAGAGAUGACUGACUUCGUGUGAAAUGACCGAUUCUGAAUAAGCAGAUUUGCUUUCAGAGAGAUGUGCUCACAUACCC